ACUGAGAUCUAGUAAUCCAAUGCAUGGGGUUGUGGAUAAGAUCAAUGAGAAAGCAGGACCUUAUAUUGGGCUAGUGAUGACUUUUACUACUGAAGAACUUGCACUUAUAGACUCUGCUUUCUUUGUUCCCAGCUCGGAGAUCCCAUGGGUUGACUUGGCUGGAAGGAGGUUCAACAUUGGGACUAUUAAAGGUGUAGAUGUAAUUUAUGUGAUGACUGGAGAGUAAACAGUGAAUGCAGGUAUAACUGUUCAAAUCCUACUUGAUACAUUUGAUAUCAUAGGAAUUGUUCAUUAUGGGAUUGCUGGAAGUUCUAAUGAUUGAUUGUACAUUGGUGAUGUUAGUGUCCCAAAUUAUGUUGCCUAUACAGGAUCUUGGAUAUGGAAGGAAUUCAGGUCAGCAGAGGAGAAUUUGACAGAAUUGAAGUUUGGUAAUUUCAACUCCCUGAGAUGGGAGAGAAUUUGUUGGCAAUGAUAGACUUUACUCCACAGCAAUUGUACUCUGUUGGGAAACCAAUGGAAGAGGUUUUUUGGCUUCCAAUUGAUCCAAAAUUAUUCAAUAUUGCUUCUGAACUUCAGGAUGUGAAACUACAAAAAUGUGUCCAAAUUUCAGAAAGAAACAGUCUCUCUCUCUUACCGUCUUACCCUUUUACUACUCAGAAAUGCUUAGUCUUGAGGAAGAUUCAUCAAAUUGAAGGCUACUCUCCAAAUUGGCUGAUUUCCUUCACUUCCUACUUACAGAAGAAAAGGAAGCUGAUAUUGGGGAACAAAGUGCAGAAGCUCUCCCAAGUUUAUCCCGCCAUCAAGGAGGUCCUUGGAAUGACAAGUCAGAGAGGUCUUUCAAAGGAUUUUGCACCACUGAACUUGUCCUGUCCAUGGCGUUGAUCUUUUUUUCUUUCUUUUUUUUUCUCUAGUUGUUGCUAUUGUAUAAUUGAAUUGUUGACCAAGUUGUUGAAUUUUUCAUGUUGUAGCUGAUUUUGUGUUCAUGAGUAAUGAGUAAAUGUAAUGUAUGCAGACACAUUUAUACAACUCAUGGUACACACUAUUUUGUUGUAUUUUUACUUUACAUCGGAAAGUCAUUUUACAUGAUUAGUUGUAUUUCUCUUAUUAUUAGGGAUUGGUUCUUCUAUGGCAUCUCAUUACAGUUUCCACUCA